GUUAUCGUUUAAAUUUUAACCUUUAAUUUUUAAACAACUCAACAAGUUAUACGAAGAAUAUUAUAAGAUGUGCAAUGGAUUUACAAUCGGACUGCAAUAACUUAUUUUCCACGUACACGCCAAACUCCGUUACAAACUUUGCAGCUAAAAUCGGAGACAUCCACACCGAAUUUGUACUGAGUCACUUUACAAAUUGUUUAUCCAUCAUUAUUACCCAGUUUGGAAAAAUUGGAAAUCUUUACCAAGUUAAGAUCGAUCAACCUGAAAACGGUAUUAGUAUUACUGACCCUGUUUACAGUAUAAAUUGCGUUUUGGGUUCUGAUAAUUUGGAAGCGGAAGUUGGUGCCCGUUACUUAACAGAGAAAUUAAAAAUAAGUAAGCCCAUAUUGUUGUCUUUAAGCUUAAAGGAUUUUAGUAAGGAUACGUUGAAUAGUAUUGUCGAUGCCAUACAGAAUUUUAAAAAGGAAUAAUGUCGUUAGUGAAAAGAACUAAAAGGUCUGAAACCCAUUUUGGGCAAGUUGUUAUAGGGCCCCCAGGGUCUGGUAAAACAACUUACUGUGGAAAAGUUUAUAAAUUCUACAAGGAAAAGCUUAAUAGAAAUGUAGAAGUUAUAAAUUUAGAUCCAGCAAAUGAAAACAUGAAUUAUACACCCAAAAUAGAUGUUAUGAAGCUUAUAACUGUUGAAGAUGUAAUGACGAAUUUAAAUUUGGGGCCCAAUGGGGCUCUUAUGUAUUGUAUGGAAUAUUUGGAAGAAAAUUUUGACUGGUUGUUAAACCAGCUGGUGUUAAUUAGGGAUAGUUAUUUGAUUUUUGAUAUGCCCGGCCAAGUGGAGUUGUUUACACAUCAUGCUUCAAUUAAAAAUAUUUUUACAAAGUUGGAAAAAUUAAGUUACCAUUUGUGUGCAGUGCAUAUGGUUGAUUCACAUUAUUGCUCAGAUCCAACCAAGUUUAUUUCAACUUUAUUACUUUCUUUAUCCACUAUGAUGCAAAUUUCAUUGCCACAUAUAAAUGUUUUAUCAAAGGUUGAUUUACUUAAGAAAAACUCAUCAAAACUAGAUUUUGGAUUGGAUUUUUACACAGAUGUUUUGGAUCUCCAAUUCUUACUGGAAUUGCUAGAUGAUGGCCCUUUCACCAAAAAAUUCAAAAAACUAAAUGCUGCCAUGGUUGGACUUGUUGAAGAUUAUGGUCUAGUUUCUUUUGUACCAUUAAACGUAAACUCUGAUAAAAGUCUUCUUCAAUUGAAGGCUGCUAUCGAUAAAGCUAAUGGUUAUAUUUAUGGUAGUGGUGAAGAAAGGAGUAUACAAGCCCUCCUGUCUUGUGCAGUAGGUGCUCGUACAGAAACAGAGAGAUAUGAUGCUGACUUUAUGUAAUUCUAUUUUAGAUAAAUUAAAAC